GGGCCGGGCCCAGGCGCCACUCUGGCGAGGUUUUACCGCGCCGGCGUCGGCUUCCGGGAACGCUCACGCCGGCUUCGGACUUAAGCCGAUGAACCAGAACACACGUGUUUACUGGCGACCUUGGAACACUUAAGACUACCACGACGACGACGACGACCACCACCACCGGGCCUGACUUCUCUUUAUAAAUGAGAUAGUUAUCAGACCAUCAUCAGCACGAUGUCUGAGCAGGAAAAACACUUGACUGUCAACAACUGCAUGAAUAAAUCAUCGUCCCUAAAUUCACCGUCCUCUUGAACAACUUUGACAGAAAAAUACAGAAAGCAUAUCAUCACUCAUGACGCACCUAUGCUUCAACGGCAAGCAACACACUUCACAAAAAGGAAGGCCAACCUGAAGGACCCAGACGAGCCAAGAAACCAGAACAAAGGACCUGCCCGGCAGCCCUGCCUCAGUUCCGCGGCGCACUUGCGCCAGCCAAGACCGGAGUCGUCCAAUACCAAGGAAAGCCAAGUAACGGCCAAGCCCUGUCCAUCAGAUAAUCAGCGUCCCUUCCCGCCCUCGCUCACUGGCCAAGCGCCGAGCUCAUGUGGCCAGCCGACGGCUGGGACGUCUGGGCGUCGUGGCAGUGCAACGGACUGCAGAAGACUGCCGUUGCUUCAGUGUUUCGGCCAAGCCUUUUACGCCCUCCAUCGUCGACUGCCCAUCCCUUGUCAUGACGCGAUGACAUGUGGCCCUCCUCCCCGUUUUCAGCAAAGAGCGACAUUCCCCGAUGUGACCCUCCUCGUUUGCAGUGAGUGAUUGGGUUGCCAUGUGGACUUCUGGCAGCCCGGGCGUAGCCGCUGUGCCUC